CUCAGAUCUGUGGCUGAGAGCAACAGAAGCAGAAUGACUGAACUCGGAUGGAUUAAAACGUUUUUAUUUCUGGUUCUGAAGCUCCAGGUUACAGCAGUCAUUGUAAACACUGCGUCUGUUUUAAAGAGAGCUGGAGAUGACGCCGUGUUGUCCUGUCAGAAUGUGGUGGAAGGUCAACAGAACUGUAACGGUACAACGUGGCUCUUGGGAGGGUCCAAAAGCACAGAGCUCUUAGCUCUGGUUACGUUUGGACAGAUUGAGGGGGAAACCAGAACCAGAACCAGUAUAACUCCAAACUGUUCUCUAAUUAUAAAGAACAUCACAGCUGAGGAUGAUGGACAGUAUGAAUGUCAACAAUAUAAAUCUGAAGGCUCAAAAUAUCUGCCUCAUCCAUCUGUGAUUGAUCUGUCUGUUAUUACCAUGACUAAACACGUGGAGAACCAAACGGUCACAUUAAGCUGCUCGGUUAUGAAAUAUGGCUCCUGUAAACACAAAGUGAAGUGGCUUUUUAGUCAUCAAGAAAUGGAAAAGUGCAAAGUGAAGCCGUCUGAGAAGGAGUGCUCUGCUACUGCGAUCUGUCUGGAGUCUAACUCUGAUAACUCAUCAUCGAUGGAUCAGCUAUUUCAGUGUGAAGUGACGGGUGCUUCUAAAAAUGUUCAGCUGUUUUCCUUCAGUCAGCAUUCUUCAGGUGCAACACCAGCGACACAAAAACCAACAACAACUGAAAACGGAAACACAAUGAAGACCACAACAGGAAGUACUCCAUACAUUGGUGUCGGUGUGGCGCUGGUCGUCAUGGUGAUAAUCGCCACGGUUGUCAUCAGAUGGAGAGCUAAACGAAAUGAAACACGACGGGAUGAAAACGCUGUUGAUGCAGAUGAUGACGUUUCUUAUGCCUCCAUCAGACAUCCCAAAACCAGCAGCGGCGAAGUUUUGGUUCAUGGUGAUCUGGACUCAGUGACCUACAGCACAGUGAGAAGUCAUUCUUCAUCUGCUGCAGCCUCCAAUGACCCCAACAGCCUCUACUCUCUUAUAAACUAUAACUAGAAUCGGACCAAAUGACGGUGAAAUAUUCAAUGUUUUAUUGUUGGUUUGGAUCAAAAACCAAACACUGAAAAUAAGCAUAAAAACCUCACAGCUGUAAGACAUUUGGCAGCUCCAGAACCUCAUCAUUGUUAUUGGGUAAACAAUGUAUUGGCCUACUUCACUGUGCCAUGAUCCUAAAGGCUGAAACAUUUUAAAACAUAGCACUGCUUAAUAACAACAUAGCGUCCACCAGAGGGCAGCAGAUAUGUUAGGGUAAGAUCUCGUACAGCUUUCUCUUCUCUGAGGCAGUUAAAGCAUGUUAACGGGAAGGAACAAAAAUGACAAAAUGGCCACCUAUCUUUGGCCAUUUUCUGGCCAAACAGAAAAUGACUGAACAUAUUUGAACACAGAAGAUAUCUAUGUUCAGAGCACAGAGAACAUCUCUGCUGUGGCCUGGAAACGUCAGAGGAUCCUCCAGAAAGAACUGGAACUUUUCAGAGACAAACAACUUAUUGACCUGAAAACCUUUUCCUCACUCUGAUGCUAUCAAACAUCAAAAGAGAAUCCUAAAUCUAACUCAAUAAAUCCUGUUAGUUCACCUCGGGGAAUCAAAACUGCAUUCUGGAUUAGAUGGAGUGGAGAUUUGUAAACCGCUUUCAGGAUGAUAUUUUUUUUCAGCCUGGUAUGACUAUAAUUCUAUAAACUACAGCAAUUAAUGGAUAUUUGUCUGCAUAUGUGCUACAGCUGCAGCUUUAAAAUAACUUCUGUUGAUGGGGUUGUCAACGACACCUAACAAUGAACAAACCACACCUGAUUUGGUCUUUGUGGUUAAAACCUCCAGAGCUCUGCUGAUGCUGAUGCUCACCAUGUUCUCAUCAAACACUUCCUGUUCAACACAAAAUAACUCUGCCCACUGCUGUUCUUCGUGCUGUAAGGUUUAUGCGAUUCACAUGUAACUUUCAAUUUGAUGUGGAGAACUAGCACAUGCCUCCACUGUGCACAUACACACGUACUCUAGAAACACACUUCAACCCCACACACAUUCACACAGACAUGUUUAAGUAUACACAAUCUGAGGUUGUAGUUGUCAAUACAGGUUAGCUUUUCAUGAUGCAACCUGACCACUUUGAACAGAGAGUCAAUCAUACAAUUAGAAUUAUAUUUUUGCAAAGAAUGUCCUGCUGCAUGCAGGCCAUCUGCUUCUUCAUACGGUAUGUCUGGAAUGUCGAUGUAGGACGAGCAUAAAAAAAAACACAAAAAUUGAGUCGUGUGCUUCUUUAA